CUUUCCUUGCUCCUCUGUCUCUGCUUGUUUCGGCUUCUCCGCGCUGCGCUGCCGCUGGAGUUAGCUCGGACCAGGGUCUGUCUGUUUGUCAGUGGUGAGAGUCACGACUCUGGUUGUUUUAAACUUUUUUUCCUCCCACUUCACCGUCGUUCCUGAAAGAGUGGGAAAGAGUUUGACACACGUUUUGGAUGCAUGGGAGCUUCUUGGGAGCGGCGAAAGGAGAAGACUGUGCUGCUGGUCCUGACUUCUCAGCACGAUGAGUGAGGCGGAGGGCCAGUUCUACAGUGUCCAGGUGGGGGACUCCACCUUCACUGUGCUCAAGCGCUACCAGCAGCUUCGUGCCAUUGGCUCAGGGGCCCAAGGCAUUGUCUGCUCUGCUCUGGAUACAGUCCUCGGUAUCCCAGUGGCUGUGAAGAAGCUCUGCCGGCCCUUUCAGAACCAGACCCAUGCAAAGCGGGCCUACAGGGAACUGGUGCUGCUGAAAUGUGUCAACCACAAAAAUAUCAUCCGUCUGAUCAAUGUUUUCACGCCUCAGAAGUCUCUGGAGGAGUUCCAGGAUCUUUACCUGGUGAUGGAGCUGAUGGACGCCAGCUUAUGUCAGGUGAUUCACAUGGACCUGGACCACGAGAGGAUGUCCUACCUGCUCUAUCAGAUCCUCUGUGGCAUCAGGCACCUGCACUCAGCUGGGAUCAUCCACAGAGAUCUGAAGCCCAGCAACAUUGUUGUGAAGUCUGAUUGCACUCUGAAAAUCCUCGACUUUGGUCUUGCACGGACAGCUUGCACAAACUUCAUGAUGACCCCCUAUGUAGUAACCCGAUAUUACCGCGCCCCGGAGGUCAUUCUGGGCAUGAAGUAUAAGGAGAAUGUGGACCUGUGGUCAGUUGGCUGCAUAAUGGCUGAAAUGAUCUGUCAUAAAGUCCUCUUUCCUGGAAAGGACUACAUCGACCAGUGGAAUAAAGUGAUUGAGAUUCUGGGUACACCCAGUCUCGAGUUUAUGAACCGACUGAUGGAAACCGUAAGGAACUAUGUGAUGAACAAGCCGCAGUAUCCAGGCGUCAGCUUCACAGAGCUGUUCCCGGAUUGGGCUUUCCCUUCUGAAUCUGAACAAGACAAAGUGAAAACUGUUCAAGCUCGGGAUCUGCUCUCCAAAAUGCUGGUCAUUGAUCCGGAAUGCCGUAUCUCGGUCGAGGAAGCCCUUCAUCACCCCUACAUCCACGUGUGGUACGACCCUGCGGAGGCGGACGCGCCUCCUCCUCAGAUUUCAGAUAAGCAGCUGGAAGAAAGAGAGCACACCAUUGAGCAGUGGAAAGAACUUAUUUAUGAAGAAGUGAUGGACUGGGAGGAGAGGAACAAGAACGGUCUAAUGAAAGAAGACUGCUCAGAUGUGGCGUCCGGUUCCGCUUCCCAGUCGUCUUCGGCCAACGACAUUUCGUCCAUGUCCACAGAGCACACGCUGGCGUCGGACACAGACAGCAGCAGCAUCGACACGCUGACAGGGCCGCUCGACGAGAGUCAGUGAACACCUCGGUGUCCACAGCUGUCAGCUCCCCCCCAGUCGUCCCACUCAACUAAAAUGCUCAAAUGUUCCAUCUGCCUCUGUUUAGGUUUUAUCCCCUCUAACUUGUGUUUCUGUUCUUUUCUCUGAGUGAAGCAUUUUUGGAUCUUGUUUGUGACUGUUGCCUGGAGGUCAGAGUUAUGUUUGUGUAUAAAAAAAAAAAAAAAAAAUUCACAUUCACUCUUCUUUUUCUUGGUGAAUGUUUAACUUGGUCAUCUAUAAAGUCUGUGGUGUAGGUGGGGAAUUAGAGGUUUGCGUUGUAUGCCUGUGUUUUAAUAGCUUUUAUUUUUUUAGAAAACGUCAUUAUCGUUGUCUAAGAAGGGCAGACACGGACUAAACAACUGUUCGCCGCUCUGUUGCAUGCUACGCCAAAAAGAACAAAAGCUUCUCUACCAUCUGGAGGUCAUCUGAUGGUCCAAUGCUGAUCUUAUGAAUUAGAACCCUUAGCACGUUGAAAGUAUUGCAGAUGUCCACAGUGGUGCUACUGUAUCUGCGCUGAAACGUUUUUGUUUCUUUGUUUUUCAUGAACUGGCAUGUCUGAUGUGGAUUUUGAGCUUUUCACUCCAGACCGCUGUAGUUUCAGUGUUACAAUUUAGUUUCCUCAUUUGUUGUACUGUAUGUAGAGCAAGAAUCACAAAAUUCAAUUUAAGGUACUGAUGAUAAAUGUGUAUAAGCGGAUCAUAAUCCUAUAAAUCGGAAAGAGGCAUAGUGAUACCUGUAUUUAUAUAUAUAUAUUUUUUUUUGUUCUUGCAAAAAUUUGCACACAAGCCACAUUUUAGCCCGUUAAAAACAUUUAAAAGGCAAAUAAAGGCAUGGGCUGCUCUUUUUCUAAAGCAUUCCUUUAGCACUAGGAGAGUCACCAAAUUAGUCCUAAAGCCAGAAAACAUGUAGGAUCCACCUAAAGGCAGCACAAAAUGAAGAUGUUUACCUUGCAUGAAGGCAUCACACCUUCAGGAUACUGUGGGUCUGAGAGAAAUCCAUCCGGAUCUGUGUGUUUCACUUGCAGCAUCACGAUGCAUAUUGUUCCGACGGAGUAUUGUUUGCUUUAUGUUUUCUUUUUUAUCAUUACUUUAAGCCUGUAUGUGUGAUGUACAAGUUGUACAGUGCUGUCCUUAUUUCCUAUGAAUCAUCACUUAAGACAGCAGUUGCCCCAUUUGUAGAGGACGAGUUCGUGGGAGAAGUUUGCCCAGCAACAAGAGCCUGUUUAAGAGACCGUGGAGACCUGCAACUCAAAGAAGAGCCUUUUAUAUGAACUGCAGAGCUGCUUUUUGCCUAAAUAAUUGCACAGUGUGUUGAAUAAUCAGAAUUAUGACACUACAGAGCCACUGAGGACUUAAGCACCACAUUGUACACCAACAUGGUUUUUAUUCUUUCUGUCAUGCCUUAAACAACCUGACGAGUGGCCAACUCAUUCUGUAAUUCCUUAGCUCUUCUCUGAGCUAUCUGAGAUGUGUGACUGCAAUGACCACAAUAUCACUUGGCCAACAUCUUUACCCAAACUCAAAUCUAAUAAAGUGGACAUCAGUGAU